GCCGCAACAACCCGUUUAACAAGUUACAGCAGUGUAUUGUUUGCUGACGAGGGGAUAAUUGGCGCAUUUACUGGUGGAUGUUAUCAGCGUGCGUCACUGACGAGCUGCGGAAACCGGAAGCUACGACGUCGCUCUGUGUCUGCGUCAAAAUAUUCGAAUGAGUUGGCGGUAAAGAUGGCGGCUUGGAGUCCUCCAGUACAGGACUCGGAGCCGGAGACCAGAGUGUCGGUCCGGUCGAAGGGAAGAGUCUUGGACCUGAUCGACAGGGGUAAGCAGCUUCUGAGCAGCGCGCUGGACGGACAGGCGAGCGUGGACGAGGAGACGCGGGAAGCUUUGGUGCGGGAGCUGCUGGCGGACUUUGAGGCUGCUGUUCAGGGGAACGUAUCAGUGGAUGGACUUCAGUGGGAGGAAGCUCCUGAGGACCAGGCCAUGGAUGUGGAAAGUCUUCUCGAUGAAACCAUCGUUGAAACCGCCAGACGGCGCCGCACGUUUCCCUUGAAAAUCCUCCCACACGCUGUCCAGUCGCUCAAGGCAGAGCGCAAAAUUAUGGGUCUGUAUGAACGAGUUUUUCAACCGCAGGACCUGAUCAAAGACCUUGAAGCAGAGGAUCUCAUGAAGGAUCUGUCAGCAGCAGUUCCUGGGCUGGUCAGAGAAGCCAUCCAAGUUAUAAAGUCAAUCACUACUCUACAUGUACAGGUUGAAGACCUGUCUGAGAUCCUGAACAUGAAACCCACCCAGGCCUCCCUGGACAUCCACAGAGAGGUGUUUGGCUUGCCCCAGCCUACUGACCCAGCAUGUACCAGGAGCAAGAAGCCAAUCAAAAGAGCCAUAGAGGAGGCGGCAGCCAAACAGGGUUACUCUCCUCUAAACAAGAAAGCUGUUUGCAGUGAUGAGACACUUCAGCAGAGCUCGCAGCCAUGUUGCGCUGAAAACUAGCUGUGAUGUUUGCCUUUGAAGUACCUUCAAAUGGUUGCUUUGCAGUAAAAAAUGUUCCUCCUCCUCAUUUAAAUAAAGAAAAAACCAACAAAGUGGUACUUUUGAGCAUCCAUUGCCCGUUUGGUUCCAGCUCUUCUUCACCUGUUCUGCUUGAAGAACUCUGCUGACCAAAGGGCUGUUUGGCUUUGUUACUAACCAGGAUGUUUGUACCUGUGAAUAUUAGCUUGUUUGAACUGUUUUAGUUUUAGGGGCUAUUAAAAUGUCAUUGACUCA